AUGUCAUCCUCGGAAGGGGACACAGCUCAGGAGAGUUCGGGAGCAGCCUCGACCCCCAUAGGCACCAUCUCAACGACUACCGAUGACGGCGCUCUCGUUACAAGUCAACUGGCUUCGUGGAGAGGGUGGGCGGAGAUAGAAAAUGAUCCGGUUGUAUUCAGCACGUUGUUGCGAGAAUGGGGUGUUCCCAACGUCCAGGUAAACGAAGUUGUGCCACUCGACAGUGUCUUCGAGUAUUCGCCGCAGAGCAUUUACGGCCUAAUCUUUCUGUCACGGUGGGUUGCACCGGAAACUGAAAAUCAUCUUACAGAGCCUCCGGCAGGAGUCUGGUUCGCGAAUCAAACCUUGGACAACUCCUGUGCCACGGUUGCUCUCAUGAAUAUCGUCAAUAACCACGCGACGAUCAGCCUAGGCCAACCGCUGACCGACUUCCGAGCCCGCACAAUGAAUCUAACACCUAUGGAACGAGGCCUUGCUCUCGACCGCUUCGACCAUGUCAGAGACAUUCACAACUCCUUCGCCACCGAAUUCGACAAGAUGAGUGUCGACUUUCAUCUCAAGGGGGCCAUGGCUGCAGCCGAGAAGAAGAAGAGAGCUGCAAAGGCCAAGCGGCCACGCAAGAAACGCAAGACGCACGACGAGACCGGCGAGGAGGAAAGCGGCCUUCAUUUUGUCGCAUACGUGCCUGUUGGGGGUGUGGUGUGGCGAAUGGAUGGUCUCGAACGACUUCCGCGGAUGCUGGGUACUGUGGACGAAGGAGAUAGCUGGAUCGCGAGGGUUCUUCCAGAGCUCCAGGCUCAGCUAGAAUCAGCAGCAACCAACUCAUUGGAGUAUUCAUUGCUCUCCCUGACUGCACUGGAUGACUCUUCGGGCCUGGAGGUCGACAAGGUCAAGGUGGAGCGAGCACGGGAGGACUGGGGGCCUUUCCUGGCGCAGAUGGUCAGGAUCCAUGCCGACAAGGGUACAUUGAAGCAGGCAUUGGGGUAG